AUGACGAAUUACAGGUAUUUUCAUAUAGCCUAAUCAUUUCAGGUACGCCCUCUAGCGGAGAUUAAAACCGGAUGGGCGGGGCGUUCUCUUCUGACCCCUCCCCCUUUACGUCGGCUGGUAAAGUGUACCACAGUGUGUGUUGAACUCUCAUUAUCAUCCUCUCCAGUCGGCAGUAAUUAAUAAAGGACAAAUUAUUGUUUGUUACACUGAACUGAUGGCAACAAAAUCUACCCAGCUUUUUCUUCGAGCACUUACUGAGAUCUCCGAGAGUCGGUCCUUGAGUAUUUUGAGAAAAAACUCAAACCAACCCAUCAGACGUUUGAGCUCAUUUGGUGUGUUAGGGACACGAAGUAACAGCUUAACGCUGUUUCCUGUGAUGUUACAGUCUGUCCCCACUCGCAAGUUCUUUAACCUGGCUGCCCCCAUCUUAGCACGAAGAAUGGAGUACUCUGAGAAUAGGACUAUUAGUUACUCAGUGGAGCAGAUCUUCAGCAUAGUUGCCAAUGUGGACCAGUAUCACCAGUUUGUGCCUUGGUGCAAGAGGUCAAAGGUCAUAAAGAGGAGGAAUGGGUAUGUGCAAGCCGAACUGGAAAUUGGAUUCCCCCCUAUUAUUGAACGUUAUGUGUCUGACGUCACAGUCAUCCCUAACCACCAAGUCCGGGCCGUGUGUACAGAUGGAUCACUCUUUAGUCACCUUGAGACGUUGUGGCAGUUCACACCUGCUUCUGGGAACCAAGGAGAUUCCUGUAACGUGGAGUUCUGUGUGACAUUUGAGUUCAAGUCCCUGCUCCACUCUCAGUUAGCUACAGUGUUUUUUGAUGAGGUGGUUAAACAGAUGGUGAAGGCUUUUGAGAUCCGAGCAGCCAAGCUUUACGGCCGCUCUCAAGAGACCGGCAGCAGGAUGAGCGCAGCCUGAGAACUCUGCUGUGAGGGGGAAAAGGUGUCUCAGGGAAAAAAGGACUUUGUAGAAGAUUAAUAAAAAUCACAAUCACAGUGUUUUAGCUCCAAAGAAGACUGGCUCGUCUUUGUAAUAUUGUCCAGGAUCUUGGACUAUGCUCCUCACUCGUGCAUACUUCUAUGUGUACAGACACCCACACCCACAACAAACAUGAUGACUUUUUAUUUAUUUAGUACAAUAUUUUAUUAUAAAUGUUUUUAUUUGUGAGAAUGAAGUGAAACAUUGAGUGAAUUUUUUUUGUGUGUGUGGAAAUGAACACUGGAGAGAUUUAAUGUGUAAAAUGACUGUUAAGAGAAAUUGUUCUUGGCUUCUGAUUACAUUCCACUCACUGUAAAUGGGAAUUAUUAUUAUUAUUAUUAUUAUUAUUAUUUUCCCCAAGCAUACAUUUGUGUGUCUUUUUAUUUUUUCAGAUAUUUAAGUGUUUGAUCAGACAUGUUAUAUACUUCAUUGUCACCUCAAGACUUCAGAAUUUGUGCCAGUUUGCCGUUUUGUUUAAAGAUAUUUGCACAAAGCUGUACAGCACACAGUUUUUCAGUGUUUGUUACAAAAGCUUAUCAUGUAUCUGUUCAAAGUGUAUUUAGCCUUAUCAGAAUUUUUUUUUUUUUUUUUAGAACGUUAUAACUUGAACACUCUGCUUCUUUUGUGAAACCUGGUGGUGUUCCAAGAAACUCACAUAAUGGUUGGAUCAGUUAUGUAAGCAUUCCAACAGUGACCACAGCAGCCCAUGGAAAAGACACACCCACUUUUCUUCCACAAGUCAAUAAGAUUCCUGCCACCUCCGUCUGUCCACACUCAGGGUUUGAUUCUGUAUUCUACCUCUCAUUAAUAAACAAUUUUAUGGCA